UCAGGUUUUCUUUCCGUCCGCGAUUCAUUUCAACGCUGCUCUAAAUUAAACUAAACCGGGUUUUACUUUAGCGUCUCUAGCUGUGGCACUGCUCCGCUGUAUGACCGUCCUAACGCUGGUGAUCGGCUCGGCAGGGAAAAGCAACGUGAAGUGACGGCGGCUGCGUGAUAAGAGGUGCUUAGAUUUGAACCGGGGACGAUGUCUGGGUCUAAAUGUACACGGCUGAGCGGGCCGCUGGUGAAACAGCUGCUGGACUCUGUGGACAGCAUCCUAUUUGACUGCGAUGGGGUCAUCUGGCGGGGGGAUCAGGCCAUCCCAGGAGCAUCGCAAGUCAUAAACCUACUCAAGGAAAAGGGCAAGAAAGUGUUCUUCGUCACCAACAACAGCACCAAGACGAGGAAGAUGUACGCUGAUAAAAUGACCACGUUGGGGUUCGACGUGACGGAAGAUGAGGUGUUCGGGACGGCGUACUGCUCCGCCGUGUACCUGAAGACGGUCUGCAAGCUGCAGGGCAAAGUGUACCUGAUCGGGGGCAACGCGCUGAAGCAGGAGCUGGAGGCGGUGGGUAUACAGCAGACAGGGGUGGGACCUGACCUCAUCACCGGGAAGCAGAUCGACUGGGCCAACGUGCCUCUGGACCCCGAGGUGAAAGCGGUGUUGGUCGGCUUUGAUGAACAUUUCAGUUACAUGAAGCUGAACAGAGCCCUGCAGUAUCUGACCCAGCCAGACUGCCUGUUUGUGGGCACCAACACGGACACCAGGCUGCCUCUGGAGGGGGGCAAGGCCGUCCCAGGUACGGGCUGCCUGCUGAAGGCGGUGGAGACAGCGGCCCAGCGCCAGGCCCACACAGUAGGCAAACCCAACAACUACAUGUUUGACUGCGUGGCCUCCCAGUUCGGCAUUGAACGCGAGCGUUGCCUGAUGGUGGGAGAUCGUCUCGACACGGACAUCAAGCUGGGCUCCAACUGCGGCCUGAAGACGCUCCUGACCCUCACAGGAGUCAGCACCGUGGCGGACGCUGACGCCCAUCAGAAGAGCGGCUGUGUGGAGAGGCAGGGGAUGGUGCCGGAUUACUACGUUGAGAGCAUCGCGGACCUCCUUCCAGCUCUGCAGGGAUGAGACUGUCGGUCUGUCAGUGUAGCUACGUUAUAGCUUAGCUGCUGUAAACCUGAGGAGUUUGGCUUGUCUGUCACAUGCCAGGGUCCAUUAUCUUCUAAAAGAGAGGAUAAAGAUUGAUACAAUAAAAGUCAUGUCUAUAACAAAGUCACACAAGCUGCUGUGUGACAGAGGAGACAAAGACAUUAUCCAGGUUUUAACAUCACUGUUAUCUUUUACUGAAUUCUUAUUAUUAAUAUAUUAUAAAGAACUAUUUUCAACAAAAUGAUUGGUUAUAAAGUAUGUAAGAACAAUAAUUUCCAGUGUUGUUUAAGUACUGUAUAUUUUAAGUGUUACCAGAACAACCUUUUUUUUGGUUAAUGAGAGAAGUGAGUGUAUCCUGUCUGUGAUGUAAUCUCUCCUUAAGCAAUUAAACGUCAAAUUCAAGGAGGGAAGUGAGCACACACGCACACACACACACACACACGCACGCACACACACACACAGUGUCAACAGUUUGGUAACGUCUCUGUGCGUUGAAGUUAACACAUCUGUUUCGAAAUAUGUUAAAUAAAUAACAGGCAGGGAAUAGAGCUACAAUGCACUGAACUGAUCUGACUGAUUUUUCAAGUUUAUCUUAAAACAAACGUCAGAUGGAAGUUUUAAAGUUAUGUGUAAGUUGGACCAGGAUUGGCACCAAAUUAUUACAAUAGUGAUGUCACAAAUCAUGCUCAUAGGCCAAGCUCUAACUAUCACAUUUUUAAUAGGCACUGAGAAAUGUUCCACUUUCAGCAGACACAUAUGAAAACAGCCUUCUAGAAUUUCACUCUGCACAUCCAACUGAAGGAACAAGAAGAUAAAAAUAUUAAGGUAUUAAGGGAUGUGGAUUUUGUUCUCCAUCACUUAUAAUGUAAACACAUAAUGAAAGGAUCUUUUAAUGGUCAGCAUGAACUGGAGGAAUGAUUACAGCAAGAUAAACCUGUUCAUUAGGCACCUGACUGUUGUUUUAUGAUGAAUGAUGAAUGAUUCAUUUAUCCUAUAAGCUUUAUGUGUUUUUCGUGGGAUAGUGCAAUGAUAUCCAGAAUGACAAAAUCAUGUUUUAAAGUGAAUGCAAUCGUCCUUGUACCAUCCACUUCUCCUGACUUGUUCUAAGGAGCAGUAAGCCUUCCUGUUCCGAGAAACACUGAAAGCGAUGAUCAAAUUAUAAUAAAACAUAAAUGAUCUUCACCA